GUCGCCGGCGGCGCGGGCCCCGGUGCUGAGUGCUCUGCCUGGCUGGGGCUACCCACUGGGGCUGGUCCCCGGGUAGUUCGGGGUGUGUGCCCCGCCGCGUCCCGGGAGCCUCCCUGCGGCUCUCGGAGGCCCCGCCGUCCGCUGCAGGCCCCGAGUCCACCGCUCCACCCCUGGCGCUCGGUGGCACUCUGCGAUCUGGCACCAGACAGCCCGCGCGCGUGCUGACCCCGCGUCACCCGGGGUCCCUGGUUCAGGUCGCCGCCCGCCCCGGGCCCGGCCUGGCUUAGGCGGCGGCGCUUGGAGGGGCGCGGGGGAGGGGGGGGUCGGCCCGACUUAUCCUCGCCUCUCCCGGAGCAUCUGCACAAAUGGCUUCUCCUUAAGUAGAGGGCAAGCAGCCUAGGUCUGGGGGCCUGGGGAGGAUGGUAACCCUCUGGCGUUUGUCCGUCAGGGUCUGCUUGUCACACUUAAGAUGCUUUGAGUUCGGGAAGGAACUUGGCCUUUCCAGACCCCUGGGGUGCUCUCGCAAUGCCAGGCUAUGUUGGUUUCUGCUGGGUACUUUGCCCAAGUUUAUCUCAGCCCAUGGGAAUGUUGGAGAGGGGGCGUCUGGCAGCUUGUGCCAACGAAAGACCCCCUGGAGUGACCUGGCUGAAAAUGGACGGGUGGAAGUGGCCCAAGCAGGGCCUCUGGGCCGUGUCUUACUGUGUCUCCGCCUAGGGCUCCGCGCUGGCGUUCUCUUGGCGAAAUUCUUCCCCCUCCUGGUCUUGUACCCUCUCACCUACCUGUCUCCUAGCCUCUCCACCCUCUGGCUCCACCUGCUUUUGAAAGCCACAGAAACCUCGGGUCCAACUUAUAUCAAAUUGGGCCAAUGGGCCGGCACCCGGCGCGAUCUCUUUUCAGAGGCUUUCUGUGUCCAGUUCUCCAAGCUGCAUGUCCAGGUGACCCCCCACCCUUGGGCCCACACGGAACGCGCACUCCAGCAGGCAUUCGGGGAGGACUGGGGCAGCCUCCUCUUUUUUGAUACCCAGGAACCCGUGGGUUCGGGUUGUGUGGCACAAGUGUACAAAGCAUUCGCUAGCCCUGCUUUGCUGGAGGACAGACUCUGGAGACGUGGGGACCUCUCUGUCCCACAGCUGUCCUCAGGAGCCGGGGCAGUCGGGGUGCAGAGACAGCCCUUUGCGAAGGAAUGGAAGAAGCCUUUAGAAAACCUUGCUGAUGAAGCAUUUCUAGAAAAGCUGCUGCUCCCUAAAACUGACCUUGUUAGGUCAGAAAUGGGCACAUCUCGGGUUCCUGGCCAUCCACCUGCGUCAGAUCACCUCAUCCCAGUGGCAGUGAAAGUGUUACACCCUGGCUUGCUCACUCAGGUGUACAUGGAUUUGCAGCUGAUGAAGAUUGGCAGCCAAGCCCUGGGGCUUUUACCAGGAGUCAAGUGGCUUAGCUUGCCUGAGAUUGUGGAGGAAUUUGAGAAGCUCAUGGUCCAACAGAUAGACCUGCGCUAUGAAGCUCGGAAUCUGGAACACUUUCAGCACAACUUCCAGGACAUGGCAUCUGUGAAAUUCCCCACCCCGAUACACCCCCUCAUCACUCGGGAUAUCCUGGUGGAGACAUACGAGGAGAGUGUCCCAGUGUCCAGCUACCAGCAGGCAGGAACUCCUGCCGACCUGAAGAGGGAGAUUGCAAGGCUGGGGAUCAACAUGCUUUUGAAGAUGGUGAGCUGGGGGCCCCGAAUGUUGAGGUUCAGUGCAUGGGCAGAUUGCAUAGGGGGAGUGGGGGGACCUAGCUGGGUGCCGAGGCUCAGUACACAAGCAGAACGUUUAAGGGAAGGUGCAGAGGGCUCUGCCGGGCAUGGCCUGGGAGGGCCAGCCAAGAAGAGAGCUGCAGGUUGAGAACUUGAGCUGAGUGAAGCCCCUCCCCCCAAAGCUUCUGUGACCCAGAGCUUGCGCUGAGUUCUCCUCUGUGGUGUGCAUUCUGUGUGCUGUGGGAAGAAUGGUAAGCACACCGUUUA